UCUGGGUAUACAUAUACCUGCUGCUAUAUAAACUGGGUUCAACAGGUUCCAGGGAGAGGACUGACAUGGAUUGGGAGAGUUCACCCUACUAAUAAUGGGGUUACAGAUUAUUCCUCUUCAUACAAGGGAAGAUUUACAAUAACAACUGAUGCAUCUUCAACUACAUCAUAUCUACAAAUAAACAAUCUGAAAGUGGAAGACACGGCCACAUAUUACUGUGCUAGAGACACAGCGAUCCAAGGAUGA